AGUGCGGUGAAAGUCACGAGAUGAACUGUAGUGAAUGGUUUGAACCUAUACUUGAACCGUACCUAAGACUAUGCCCUAUAAAGCUUUUUGCUGGGGUAAAUCAGUUCUGAAUGAUCUUUUCUUUGAAGAAUAUCGACGAUGCGGGAUUUGGGCUCCGUAACAGCUCGAAAUUGGGAAAUCUUCUUCACCGGAAAUGGCCGGAUGGCCAUAAUGAGGCCGAGCUGGUAGUGAAUGUGUGGGGUAGUUGUGGCCAUGUUUUCGUGGCCACAAACAAUGGAAGAAACCUGCACGCUUUUGAGACCAUUCCUCGAUCUAAAUGGAGGCCGGAGAGCGAAGGCCUUCUUCUACAAGGUAUGAAUGAGCGUCUCAAUUUUGUACCUCGUUGUAUUGAUGUUGCGUGCAUGCAUGCCUGCGUUUAGCCCAGAGUUAAGCUUAAUUUUUAAACCGAUUGUAAUGCUGAUCACUUGACGUAUUUUGUUCUUCAUUACAUUGUGUGUUAACUAGUUUAUGACGCGUGCAUCAGCACUGAUUUUUCACUUUUCCAAAGAAAUUAAGGUCAUUGAAAAUAAUGACGAGUUUAGUGGGGUGCAUGGAGGAUAUCUGAAGCAGGGGAAGGUAGGGUGGCUGAAACCUUAGAAACCAAGUUGCUGCCAAAAUGGUCAUUUUCAUUUUCCAAUUUAAAAGGAACGGAAUUUCUGUGAAUGACCAAUUAAGCGUUCACUUCCAAAAUAAUAUACACCUCUUAUCUGAUAAACGCCCCUCUUUGCUGUUGAAAUUGUGUCAGACGCACCUGUCUGAUAAAUGCCCCCUUUUAGAAUUACUCAAAAAUACUUGGAAUUAGCUAAAAGGAGCAAAAUCAGUCAAUUCAUUCAGUUUCUUGCCAAGUAUAGACUAACGAUGGUAACACAAUAACUCUAAGUGAAGAUUCUGACAUUGAUGUCAGGAUGUAUCAAUAAUAUUGAUGGAGUGGAUAUUCUGUGUUGUUUCACUUUCUUGAUAUUUUCACGGAAAGCAUAUUAGUUUUGUGGAGUCUGUUAUGUGCUAUGAGACUAAAUGCCUCUCUCUUUUAAACACCUCCUAUCUAUUAAAUGCCCUCCCUUGGCCCCUAAAGUUGAAUAGACACCCCGCGCGUUUAAUAAAUCAUUUGCAGUACUCACAUACUUGAUGUCAUAUUGCAGUUUCUAUUUCACAAUACAGCUUUCUACUGGUUAACAGUUUUUUGCCCACCAGCCAUGUUGCCUGGUUUACAGCCCUAAGAAUAAUGUAUCUUCUCAUGGAUAAGUCACCCAGACAACUUCUUGUCAUUUGCUAAUGGUUUAUAACUUUUGUGAGAAGAACCCACUAAAUAUAGCCAAUAAGUAAAUUAUUUUUUUAAGUUUAUUUGAAUCUCAGAGAGUUUUUCUUUUUUGCCUACUUGUAGACCAAGAAUCUCCCAUUGUAAGUGUCCUUUUUAGUGCAGAAAAUCCUUCAUUUGUCUUCAUUGUUCACCAAAGCAGCAUUACAGAAUGCUGGGAAUUUACUCAAUCCAACUAUAAAUGGAUCAAAAGAAAUGAGUUUCAACUAAGUAACACCAAAGCGGUUGAAGUACUGCAUGUAGUCCUUCACCCUUUGGUCAACUCUUUUUUCUGGUGUGAACAGCGAUCUGCCUCAGCUUCAAACUUAAUAACAUGCUGUGUAUGCUUGAGAGAAGUGACUUUUUCUGAGCGUCUUGGAAACAACACCAUAGUAUCUGUAGGACCAUUAACUGUUAUUCUCCAUGGGUGUCCGACCAUGUCAUUGCAUAUUGUGGGAAGAGGUGUGUGUUUGGUUCCUGACAUGCCCGAGGAGUUAACAAGUGUUCUUCUUUUUUGGACAUUUGUUCAGCGUGUAUUGAAGGUGAGUACUUGUGACAGAAAUAACGUUAAUCUUAAAUUCAUUCAAAUCUUUUCUCUGUUUCUGAUUAGCUUAAAUUCCCUAGCUAAAUAUUUUUAUGAAGUAUUUAUACUGGCCAACUUUGGAGGAUCCACAUCAUUUAUUAUUGGACAAAUGAGGUCAAUCAGCGAAUAACUUAAAAAAAUAUAUUAGAUAAAUGACAUCAUUCAUUACAGUGCCAGUGGCUCAGUUGUUUUUGCAGUGUAAAGCUUGAGAAGGUGGCUGCAAAAUUGCAGAUGCUUUGUGGAAAAGAAAUAAACUGAAAAAUUAUUGACUUAAAAAUCUUCCACUUCCUCUUUCUCCACUUCCACUGAUCAAGCAGCUUCUAUUUCGGUUUCAUCUCUACUUCUGCCUCCUAAUCCUAGUGUAAAUGUAGGUUUAAAAUAACAUUAACUUCUUUUUUUCUUGUGUAUCAGGUUUACUUAUGGAAUUAUGGUUUUGUGGGCAAUAUGGACAAAUUUGAUUUCAAAGCCAUUAUGGCAGAGUUGCUUUGUCCGUGGAUUUCAAGCAUGAAGGAUGGAUUACCACAUAGUACUGCCAUAACUUGCCAUCCAUCAACUAAUGAACUUGUUGUUUUAAACAGUGACUCACAGAUAUCUUAUUUCAGACUUCACGAUGGUGAUCCAGUCUUGAAACACCUUGUUAAACUUCACCUUGGUUCAUCAUUGGAAAUUGACAAAGUUUCGGCCUUUUUCACAUUUGGUCUUUUUGCUGGUCUUGUAUCAGAUGUAGGUAUUAUUUCAAUUUGUGAUAUUACCAGUGGUGUACAACUUUGUAAACUUGAAGACUUAUGGGGACAAAGUGUUCACAUCUGGAGAAGCUUUGACUUGACCAAUUCAGUUGGAUUUUGGUCCAUCACUGGAAUCUGGAAAUUGCAGUCUGGGACUGUCCUUGAAGUGUCUGAGUGCAUCAGGGCUUCUCUUCAAACUACAAACUUGAACACUGGAAAAGAAAAUUCAUUGUCGCUUCAGGGAACAUCAAGCAAAGUAUGCACCAGAAACUGCUUUGCCCAGAAAAAUGAUUUGUGUACUUGCAGUGCAUCCGCUUCUGAAAAUUUUGUCAUUCCUGACCUUGUGAUUGAACACGAAGCAACCAAUGAUUCUUCCAUAGCUAAUCAAGGAUCUGUUCAUUCCAAUGAACAAAGCAUCUUUUCCGGUCCACUUUGUGCUGCAGAUCAUCUGAUGAAGUGGAAUAUAAACCAUCGAGCAGCUAAGCUUGCAUUAGACUCAGUUUUGUGUGCAAGAUUAGUCUCAGAUUGUGAUUCAACUGAUGAAGAAGUGCCUGGAGUAUUUCUUGAUCUCUUGGUGGGUGAGUAUGCUCAGAGUCCAGCAAUGGCUCUUGCAUUACUAUGGGAACAUCCAAUUCACAGACAGUAUGUUCAUCAUAAGCUUGAACAGUAUGUGAGUGAAAUCUCAGACAAAUCUCCAACUAAAAAGACAUGUCUUAAUGAGCUGCUGCAGCCGUACAUCGCUGAAUUUCUUGUACUCAGUAAACAAUGCAAGUCAAAAACUGAUUCCAGUUUGAAAGAAAUGACCCAAUCACCAUCUUUACCAACUAACUCAAUUGCCCAAGAGAUUACAUCACUUUUGGAAAGGUUCAACACAGGUCCUUUGGAUUUGACAUCGUUGGAGAGACUUAGCACACUCAGCUAUCAGCAACCACAACAGGUUUUAAGCUGUAUAUCAGAAUAUUUGAAGAUUGACUCAGAGCAUGAUAAACCAAGGGACAAUCAUUGUGAGCAGAGAUGGAGGAUGAUUUACAGGUAAAAACAAUGACUACUUCAAGAAACAAAGGGCAGGGGGUUCAGAGAUGAAUACAAUACAAAGUCUUGAAAAACUGAAUUUUAUGAUAUGGCUAAAAUGUCAAAUAACUUUUAUUAUUACAUUACCACCAAUGAAAUAUCAGGUGAGCAUUCACCCAAAAACAUGAUAUCUUCUGAGAUGAAAAGAUUACUGUUGCUAUGGCUUUAUGAUGAAUUUUCGCAGCCCAAAAUAUUUUUGGGUGAAAUGGCUUGGAGGUACUUCAUUGGUGUAUAUAUAUUAAAAUUAAUAGAACACUACAUGUACAUUGCCACUUGGAGAUACUAAAUUUCUCUUCAAGUGUUGAAAAAUAUUUCAUGAGUGAGGGCAGCAUGAUUGUUGUAGGAAUGUGGCUGUGAAGGCCAGUUUUGUAUGGUUUCAAAUAUAUUGCUUUUAAAAAACUUCAGGAAUGUAAACAGUAACAGUGGUCAUGGAAAUGUGUCUAUUUUGAAAUGAAUUCUGUCUCAGAGGCCUUGGUUGCAGCAAUUGCUAUGAUUGCUGAAGUAUUGUUUAUCGCCAUGCAAAUCACAGUUCUCUACCCUCUAAUAAAUCGGUCUUGAAUUGCCCCAAAGCCAUAGAUCUUGAAGAGUCACCCAUACAACCGUAUACAGUUGAUCUAAAAACUUGUCGCUGUCUGACAAAGUAAAAAAUCUUGGGCCAUCAGCCCCAAUGGGCUUAAGGAUUUGGUUUGAAUAUAAGGGUUACUUCUGCCUCCAGCUUAAGGGCAAAUCUAGUACUGGUAAACCUUUUUCCCAGCAGGCAAAACGUGCCCUGACACAAGCCACCCAAUGAGUUAGAACACAUUGUUCUAUUUUGUGCUAUACAUAGCCUCGAGACUGAUUUUUAACCUUAUUUUUUCCAGACUUGAUUGGAGAAGUGGUCAGUGGCAAAGAAGCCGGAUUGCUCUUAAAGAUCCAUUCAAUACCAUGUUGAGCAUCCUCCUGCGGCUGUUUUACGAGUCGAAACCUGACUGGCUCAUGAAACUAGUGGAGCAGGGAAAAGAAACUAUUCAGCAUGAGGAAUCAAGUGAGAGAGCUGAGGUUAGUAUUUCAUGUUUAGUUUGGUACACCUCAUCAAAAAUGAUACACCCAAUUUGUGCAAGAGCUUUUUUGGUGGGUCUUUCAUUUCAAUUUUUCUUCCCCUUCUUCUUUGACAAUCGUAACAAUUAAGUCCUGCAAAACAAUAGAGAUUAAGAAUCACGAUUCAAUACAUUUUUUUUGUUGUCCUAUGUAAGAUAAUACAAGACAUGUCUUGGAUUCUGUACCCCAUGCUGUGGAUUGGGGAAUCCAGGGGUGCUUACCAUUUACACAAACCAACCAGGUCGAAAUCUUGUGCAUAAACAUAAAACUAUAAAACUCAACGUGGUUGGAGAAUGACCUGGUUCAAAGUAUCUCCUAGCCUGGGAAAACCAGCCAACAUUUGACAACGCCACCACUGGUUUCCCCGCAAAAUGACGUCUGAAAAAUGAGCACAGAAAUUCCAUACAGAUGACGCGUCACUACCCAGAUCUGGGUAGAGCUUCUGAUUGGCUGAAGCAAAUUUCACACGCGGCACAACCAAUCAGAAGUGCUACCCAGAUCUGGGUAGUGAUACGUCAUUAGUAUGGAAUUUCUGCGCUCAUUUCUCAGACCUCAUUUCACAGGGGAACCAGUGGUGGCAUCAUGAAACAUCGACUGUUUUCUCAGGUUAAGUAUCUCUAGUCAGCUGAAAAGACUGAAAAGAGUAGAAAAAGUGCAUUGCCUCAAAUCACAGCCCCUAUUUCCUGAAGCUUCCCAAACAGGAUGGUGUGAACCAUUUGAUUUUCCAACUGGGCUAGAUCUCAAAUUCCAUGUCAGUAGAACCUGUCUUCUGGAUUCCACUUGAACGAUUUUUUAAGUCAAUAAAGACUUUGCAAAAUUAUUCUUGCAGAUGAACCCGACUUGAAACUACUUAUUUAUGUAUAGAUAUAAUGAACAGUAAACAGCAAGUGAAGGGAAAACUUGGUCACGUGGUAGAAAUUGACAUUUGCCCUUGUCCUUAAAAGUGAUUCUUUUUCAAAACAGGAACAUGUCACACAGUCGGUACUUGAGUGUUUUCCUGUGUUGAGUACAAGCGAUGCAAACACUGAUUCAAAGCGGGUUCAUUCUCAGCUGUGCUUUACCGCUGGCCAAGAGACACAAGCAUUGCAUUUACUUCUCAAUAAUCACAUGUGGAAAGAGGCCAUUGAUUUUGUCUCCUGUUGUGGCAGGGAGAGCGAGAAUAGAACGUUGCUUUUCGUCAUGUUGAUAAAGGGACUUCAGCGUCAAAGAGCUCCAAGUAACACUCUUGUUGAGGCACUCGAUCUAAAGCCUGAAGGCUUUAGCACUCAUGAAUUGCUGGUCAUAAUGAGGGACCAAGCACCCGUUGCUAAGGAGCCUUUUGUGAAGGGUGCGGGACAGACAACUAUUGGCGAAAUAAGGCCCUAUCUCGAGGCCCUGUUUUCUUCAUAA